AUGAAUACGCUGCUCUUAUUGUCAAUUCUACUGGCUGGAACAUCGGCAACGUCAGUUCUUAGCCGUUAUUUCAACGAAGCAGAUGGUAUUCCAUUGGCCAGAACUCCUAAUGAAGACGCAAGAGUUUCAGAUGCUGAUGUUGGAAUGAAAUCAGACUUAUUCAUCGGAACAUUUGGAGGCCGACCAAUCGUAACAAGACAAGAAAAUACAUUCAUAGAUCAGGACGGUGUCCCAGUCCCAAUUCUUCCUUAUCACAAAACGUAUCACAAUUCUGAUCAGUUGACCGCAUACAAGCGUUUCAUGGAAAGAUCAAGAGGAGCGCCGACACCAGCUUAA